AUGCUGCCCGUGGUUGUUGCAAUGAAGUUCACGCAGGAGUCCGAUGUUGCGAUUUCGGAGUCAGCCACAGACUCGGCCGAGCGCUCCAACGCGUCUAUGGUCACGCACGUUCACGAUGCCUUGAUCACUCGCUCCUCGAAAACGUCCAUGGGGGAGCGCGUGAAUGCUUCCGACGCGUCCCUCGAUACUGUGGCAAGUGGAAAAGCCGCUGCCGCCAUUGUGGGAACCUUCUCUGACUUGGCCCAGGCAGUCAGCGAUGCGGGCCAAACUCUGGGCACCGCCGCCGGCAAUGUCUUCUCCGCAGUCGGGAACCGCGUCAUCAAAGCUCCACAGAUGAGAUUCGACAAUCUGGAUUCGGAGCUGAAGGACUUAGCCAACGAACUCGGGGACGAAGUCUUGCACGUGGGCAAUGCUCUGCAGGGGGUGGCCCGAACAACAGUCGAGGCACAUUUCAAGUUGGCUUCGCACCUCUUGGCUGCAGCGACGGAAGUCUACAACAAAGCCAAGGAGAUCGCCAACCAGGUAGCGAAUGCGGUCGAGAGCUUCGUGAACUGCAUUGCUGAUCACGCGUCAACCGACAAGGAAAAACGGUGCAAGGCAGUGCUUGGCGAGCAAUGUGACUGCAGUCUUGAAAAUGGCGAGCCAAAGAGCCACCUAAAGGCCAUUGGCUCGCCAGCCAGCGGACUUGGCGUGGACAUGAAGUGCGUUCCGAGCAAGACUUCCGAGUUUGCCAAGGGGUUUCGAUUGAAAGCCUCUUCUUCAGGCAGCAACGAGGCCUCCCCGACGGGAGGAGUGGCCUUGCCAGGAACCGAGGAGGAAAUUUCUUACAGUGACGUCUCCACGAUGGAGGCCACUGCUACGGACACAAGCAAACAAAUCAGGACCAGCCCCAAGGAAGCAAUGGAAGCCCUUGCGACACCGCAGCCGAGCGGAUCCUGUGAAGGGGAUUUGGAAGUGGCCAUCGAUGCCGUCGUGACGUUCAACCCAAACCUCAUCGAGGUGAAGUCAGAGGUGAGCGGGACCACCGUCAAGACAGAGGCCUUUGUCGAAGGCUGGGUACGUGCAUCGGUGGAAGCCUGGGUGAAGGGAGAAGGCACUUGCUCAUAUGAAGCUCAGAGGGGUUUUCCCAAGCAGCCCAAGAAGAAGAUGAUUUGCGCUAAGGGUGUGUGCAUCCUGGCUUUCUUGAGCCUAGGCAUCAUCUUGGCAAUGCAGAUGCUUGCGACGCUGAAGCUGGAGGGCACCCUUACAGGAACGGUCACUCAAUCCUACGACGUGGACUUCUUCGUGAAAGGCAGAGGCGUGAUGAACACCGACGCGAAUCAGGAAUCUCUGGUCUAUGCUGAUAUCACUGACGUCAACUACAAGGAAGGCAUCAAAGCCGCGGCGGAGGCAACCGCUUCUUUGCGCGUGAGUGUGGGGCCAAAGUUUGUGGUCUGGCCCACGCCGGGUCUUCCGGUGACCUUCUUCCCCCAGGUCCAUGCGCACGCAGAGGCCGUGGGCAGGAUCGAGUAUCCCCAAGGCGGCGGGGAUCGUCGCCGCCGCAGCGGGCUGGACAGUGCAUUCAAAGCUCCGCUCAACAUGUGCCAUGCGGCAGUCCUGAGCAUUUACGCGGACCUGGGCAUCACCGGCUUCGCUCUACCUCCUCCCUUGGAGGACCUCCUGGACGGUGACAUGGUCAAGGCACUGCUGGCAGAGGCUAUCAAGGAAGGCGCCGAGAAGGCCUUCGGUCCCGGCGCCAGCCAGGUCGCGAACUGCGUGCCAGGUGCAGACGCAUUGGCCCAGAGAAUUGCCAGCAAAGUCGCGACUCUUCUGGCGAGCGCUCUUACAGCGCUGCAGCUCCCUUGGCAGUUGCAGAUGGUCGAGCUUUUGAGCUCGGACAAGCUGUUCUGCGAGGAGCCGUGGAAGACGGACGGCUUCGAGCAGUCUCCCUGUGCAGAGGAGAUUGGUUGCAGCGGCGCUGGACUUUUAGCUCUGACAGAGCCUGGCGUCAUGGAGAUGCCGCCGGAAGUCUCCACGACCUCGACCACCACGGCGGGGCAGAGUGUUGCAGAGCAGCAGUGCAACCAUCGCGGAACGCAUCUUGCCUUCGGAGACCGCUUCCUUGAGAUCGGUAGCUUCCGCAUUGCUGACCACGAUGGGACCCACCUCACGAUCACGCACCAGGAUAACCCCAAGGCAAUCAUGAUUCUGGGCAAAACCUGGUCUCGCGCCAACGAGCAUGCGCAUCUGCUCCUCGAUGCCAACUUCAGGAACGAGGCCUGGGGCAGGCCCAAAGGAAUCGAGCACGUGAAAGGCAGCGUGAAGAUGGGUUUCCAGUUCAUCCAGAUUGGGAACUUCCGCUUGGGUGCGGACGACUGGUGCCUCAUGGUUUCGCACAUGGACGCCACUACAAAGGGGGUCCUUCGGGAGUGGAAGCACGACGGAUCCACUUGGGACACAGCAGAUCGGACUCUGAGGGACCGCGCGGAGGGGCCCCCGACAGGCAUCAGCGUCGGAUGGGCGUAUCUCCAAAUUGGCAAGUUCCGCAUCGGAUACAAUGGCGAUUGUCUGGUGAUUCUUAACGCCGACGACACCUACCCGAACAGGAUCAUUGAGAAGUUGAGCAGCGAUGGUACUCUUAAGAGGUUUUUCGACAACGAACCAGUUCUUCGCCAAAGCUUUGCCGGCCGUCCUCCACAUAAGUGGCCGUGCCCCCAGAUUGGUGAUAUCGCCUUCGGCGCCUGCGAUCGGAGCUUUGGAGCCUGGGGCGAUCGCUUUGUCAUGCUGGGUGAUUGGCGCCUGGCGGCCAUUGAUGCCGACCACUUCAGCAUCUCCCACCGUGAUGGCUGGACGGCCCAGAUCUUCAGGUUCGACGGGACUCUGCACCCAGGACCUAGAACGGACUUCAGUUCGUGGGACAGGCCCGUCGGCUUCCCUCACGGCAUUACCUUCGGGAAGAACUUUGUGCAGAUUGGCAACUUUCGCCUGGCAGCGAUGGACGACAACCACCUGACCGUCUCCCACAGCUCUGGGAAUACUGCGCAGAUCUUCAAGAACGACGCCACCCUCCAUCCCGGGCCGAGGACCGACUGGAAUGCCUGGAAGUCCAGGGAACAAGAUGUUGCUGGGCCUGCAGCUGGAGUUCGAUAUGGGAAGCACUUCCUCCAGAUCGGCAACUUCAGACUGGGAGACGCGGACGGGGGUCACUUGCUGGUCACCCACAGCACCGACACCUCGCCUUCCACGAGCCGGACAAUUCGAAUCUACAGGUCGGAUGGUCAUAUGUUUGGAGAAGUUGCCGGAUGGGGGUAUCAGGUGACCGACCGACCGACGCAAUCGCAUUGCGGCGCCAUCCAGAGCACCACCGGCACCUGUCCUGGGAUCACUGCAGGUGAUGGCUUCCUGCAGCUCGGGGACUGGCGCCUCGGAACGGCCGACCUGGUGCACUUCUCCUUCUCCCACCGGCUGGGGAAAACCGCGCAGAUCGUGCGAAACGAUGGCGUCACUGCGUCAGGAGGGACCGGCUUUAGCACUUGGGGCCUUGAGGCUCGCGCGGCCACCAAUGUAGGAUUUGGCGAUCGCUUUAUCGAGCUGAAUGGCUUUCGCAUUGGCGAGCACACCGUGCCCGCUGGUUUGUUGACCCAGCACUACCUCACCAUAUCGCACCAGCACUUCCAUGGAGGACACUUCUCAAUCUUGGCAUUUGGCCUUUCGGACAAUGGCGUCGGUGAGCUCCUACACGCCGAGUGGGGCGGCUUGUUCGAUCGCGGCUACGGCCCGCCCAAGGGCAUCACAUUUGGCGACCGCUUCGUGCAGAUUGGCCAUUUCCGACUCGGAGACGUCGAUGGAAAGCAUUUCUCCAUCGCGCAUGUCGCGCAUGUGAGAGCUGGCACCAUGACGAGUGACAAGACCAUCGUCGUCUACAAAGACGAUGGGAGCGUGACGAAAAAAUCCCCCCCAGCAGGCGGCAGCGCUGACACCACUGCGGGCCGCCCAUUCACGCCUUGCAAGGUCACCGAGAUCCGCUGA